CUGAAUUCUGUAUAAUUUAAGAGAAAAUGGAGAACUGAAAUUGAUAAUCGUGAUAACGGUGAACUGGAGGUAUUGUGCGGGCACCGGAGGUGGUGGUGUUGUUGUUGUUGAUCAGCUGACGAUCCUUUUCCAAUGAAGAUCCAGCCAAUCGAUUUCCAGACGAUUGAAGAGCCGGCCUGGUUCGAGCCAGUAAAACCAGUGGCGAAAUCACGGCUGAAGCGGCUCUUCGAGCGCCCGUUCCAUAGCGUUCUGAGAUAUUCCAUGGCGGAGAAGACCGGCGCCGUUGAGGAGCCACAUUUCGGCAAAGGUGCUUCUUCUGAGUUUGAGCCGAGCUCCGUCUGUUUGGCAAAGAUGGUGCAGAACUUCAUCGAGGAGAACAAUGAGAAGCCACAAACCGGUGCGGCGCGGUGCUGCUUCAAUCGCAACUGCAACGACAGCUCCGAAGAUGAAUUAGAUUUUGGUUUUGGUGACUCCAAUCUUCCUUCUUCCGGCGAAACUGUUGAAAUUCUCAAGGGUUUGGUGCCUUGCCCGACUGUGAGUGAGAGGAAUUUACUGGCGGACGCGGCCAGGAUCGUUGAGAAGAACAAGAUCUGUAAGCGUAACGACAAUUUUUGCAGGAAGAUUGUUACUGACGGAUUAUCGGCUCUAGGAUAUGACGCUUCAAUCUGCAAAUCUCGCUGGGAAAAAUCCCCUUCAUGUCCUGCCGGAGAAUACGAAUAUAUUGAUGUGUUAAUAGAAGGGGAGCGUGUGUUGAUUGAUAUCGAUUUCAGACCAGAAUUUGAAAUGGCUCGUUCAACCAAGACCUACAAAUUAGUCCUUCAAACCCUUCCCUACAUCUUUGUUGGCAAAGCCGAUCGUCUCCAGAAGAUAAUCACCAUAGUCUGUGAGGCAGCCACACAGAGCCUGAAGAAGAAAGGAAUGCACGUUCCUCCCUGGAGAAAAGUUGAUUAUGUUAAAGCAAAGUGGCUCACUCCUCACUCCCGAUCCACACCCACACCCACACCUACACCCACAAAGUCUCUAACCUCACAUCAAGAACCCAAAACUAAAGAAAAGGAGCAAUCUGAUUCCGAAUCCACUCCUGGUAUUGGCUCAAUAGACGGUGCUGAUCAGUUGGAGGAUUCCAUUUUUGCUCUGUCUGAGAGCUCAGUUGAGGAAGAAGAUAAGAAAGAAAAUUUGGUGAAGGAAUGGAAACCACUUGAGAUUAAGCCCAGGAGUUUAUCCACUGGAAUUAAGAUCGUAACUGGCUUGGCAUCAGUCAUUGAAAAUGACUAGAUUUAGCCACUAAAUUUUGAGUUUUUGAUAUAUUUUUAAGUCUUGUUUCUGCCCUGCCUUUUUGUGGGUUUUUAGAGUAGCUAAUAUGGCAUAAGUUUUUAAUCCCCUUCUGUUUUUUACGUAAGGGUUGAUCUGAUUUUACUAAUAUGAAUAAAAAUUAUUCGAAUAAUAGCUUUCAAAGAUGUUCUUCUGGAAAUUCUGUUUGUUCAUCUGAUGUCCUCAUUUAUUCUCCUUGUGGUUUAUUAAAUUUGAUCAAGUGCAGUGGAGCUCUUAGACAAAGUGGCGUGGAAUUGAAAGAGAGAGGUAACUUCUUCAUCCUGCACCUUCUUGUUCCAUUUCCACUUUUAAUCUGCAAAUUCUGCACCAUUUCUUAUUUUAUAUGUUCUUUUUUGAUAAAGGAAGCAGAUGAAACAGAAGUUCAUGAUAAAAAGAGCAGACUCGUGCGCUCUCGAGCCGCAUAAGGUUAGGCUUUAGCAGAAAACUAUGCUCUAUUUUAUAAUUGCUUGCAAGAAUUAAUCAUCUUUUAUAUAGUCUUCUCCUCUUCACAUUCUAUGAAGUAAGUCUAUUUUAUUAUUGGCAUCGUCUGAUGUUAAGAUAAGCAUUCACUCUAGUGUCCUGUCUGUUCCUCUCAACGUAUUAUUAUCCCUGGUUUAACGGUGGCCAGACAGCCGGAAUACCGGUUUUCUAACUGGUUUACGUUGCUAUGAAGCAAUCAGGUGGUGGGGUUUGAUGUCACACAAAUUUGGAUGUGUGAUCCAAGAUUUACAGGUAAAAGAUAUGCGAAGAGUUUGGUGAAAGGUAAUAUAAUAUGACUUGGAAAUGAAGUUUUGUCCAUUUUGUAGUUGGCAUUUCUAUCCCAACGGAAUGAAUUUUGGCAACAUGUCUCUCUCUCUCCCUACUUUUAUCAUCCCCACCCCGGCAAACAAUUG